UCCGAUCUAGUCUAUCAUUUGAGCGUAGAUCGCACCGAAGCGAAUGUGAUUGUCACCCAUAAGUCCAUAGACUGGUCAUCACUUAUCAUAACCGAGAAAUAGCUUCGUCAUUAUAAUAUCGCAAUCUUUUUAUCAUAAUACAAUAAAGGAUUAAAGAUUAAAGUCCAAGAGACGUGUUUGUUCCGAAGAUCAGCAAAUUGCCGUCAGUUUUGCAGCUGCUACGUCUGCGUGCAUCGUCACUUUUUUUUUUAUUUUUCCGUUCUUUCGCAAUUUAGCGAUUUCUCCGCGAUCUGAAACGCAAAAGAAAGUCGCAUAGCAUUUUUAUAUGCGUUUGCUCUUACUCGAUAGAAAUUCCCCGUGUGGUAUUCCUCAUAUUCCUCGUGUUUUUCUGGAUCGGAAGAAAUAGUCAAGAUGGUCCAUAAACCGAAGGUAUACGUGAUCGGUGUCGGGAUGACCAAAUUUGAGAAACCCGGCCGGAGAGAGAAUUUCGAUUAUCCGCAAAUGACGAAGGAGGCUGUGACCAAAGCCUUACAGGACGCGCAUGUAACUUACAACAGUGUCCGAGCCGUCUGCGUUGGAUACGUCUACGGCGACUCCACUUGCGGUCAAAGGGCCAUUUACGAGGUCGGGCUCAGCGGAUGUCCCAUUUACAAUGUCAACAACAAUUGCUCCACCGGCUCCACAGCCCUUUAUCUCGGUAAACAGAUUGUCGAAACCGGCAAUGCCGAUUGUGUCCUGGCACUUGGAUUUGAGAAGAUGGAACGUGGGUCACUAAUGUCAAAAUAUUCAGAUCGUACGAAUCCCAUGGAUAAACAUGUUGAACUAAUGGCAGACAUUGCAGGUAUUUCUGAAGGUCCCAUUACUGCUCAACUGUUUGGUAAUGCUGGAAUUGAACAUAUGAAAAAAUAUGGCACAAAGUUCGAACAUUUUGCAAAGAUUGCAUAUAAAAAUCACUUGCAUUCUAUAAACAAUCCCUAUUCACAAUUUCAAGAAAAGUAUACUUUGGAGCAAAUAAUGAAUUCUCCAAAAGUAUUUGGACCAUUAACAAAACUCCAGUGUUGUCCUACUUCUGACGGUGCAGCAGCUGUUGUUCUGGCUAAUGAGGAGUUUGUUCGAAAGCAUCGUCUAGAGUCGCAAGCUGUUGAAAUUGUGGCUAUGGAAAUGUCCACUGAUCAGUCUUCGACAUUUACCACUCGCUCGUGCAUGAAUAUUGUCGGAUAUGACAUGACGAGAAACGCAGCCGAGAAGGUCUUCACAUCGACUAGUUACAAACCGAACGACGUGGAUGUAAUAGAACUACACGAUUGCUUCUCCAUAAACGAAUUAAUCACUUAUGAAGCUUUGGGAUUGUGUCCUGCCGGGCACGGUGGCAAGAUGGUAGACUCUGGAAACAACACUUACGGCGGCAAGUACGUCGUGAAUCCUAGCGGUGGUUUAAUCUCGAAGGGGCAUCCACUGGGCGCUACGGGAUUAGCGCAAUGCGCCGAGCUUUGCUGGCAACUUCGGGGCGAGGCCGGCAAGAGGCAGGUGCAGGGCGCGAAAUUGGCGCUGCAACAUAACAUAGGUUUAGGUGGUGCGGUCGUCGUAGCUCUUUAUCGCUUAGGUUUCCCGAAACAAGCGGUGAUUAGAAAACACGUGAAUCUCGCCGCCGAUCCAAACAUGUUCCAAGCAAACGUGCUGUUCAAAACGCUGGCGAUCGCAAUGGAAGAGGACGAGGAUGAUCUAAUCGCUAAAGUGCGCGGCAUCUACGGAUUUAAAGUUAUAAACGGCCCCGGUGGCGCCGAAGGAUAUUGGGUCGUGGACGCUAAAACAGGUAAAGGAAAAGUCGAGUAUAAUAGCAAAAUCAAACCCGACGUCACUUUUACGAUUAGCGACACCGACAUUGUCGAUUUUAUCUCUGGAAAAUUGAAUCCACAAAAAGCCUUCUUCCAAGGAAAAGUUAAGAUUCAAGGAAACUUGGGACUCGCUAUGAAAUUGCCUGAUCUGCAGAAACGUGCCGCUAAGAAAAUUGAAUUGCUUCGCUCAAGAUUGUAAGAUAUAUGAAGUGCGAAAUUUGCUAUAUAAUAGGGCGCAUAUAAUCGUGAUGCACAAAACAUAUCUCUUUCUCGCGCGUUUUAUCUUUGCCAAAUAGAUUUGGUUAUCAAAAUGGGAAGUUUUUAAUCGAGAGUUUCAUACUUACAAUAUGUAAUCACAUGGAAUGUAAUUAUAUGACCUAAAUUCUCGAUAAAGUUUUAAUCGGAAUAAACAGAUACAGACAAUCUUUUGUACAUAUUGACAGAUACAGAAAGAGUUAUUUUUAUGAUAUAUUAAUAGUGAACUUGUUUCAUAUUACAUGCUCGUGUAUAUGAUAUUUGCAUGUAAUAGUUUUAAUACAAUAUAUAUACAAAUAUACAAUCUCUGGAAUAUAAAUAAUCAAGACAUAUAAGUAUAUACAGAAGUUCUCUCUUCAAUUCAACGUAUUUUUAUCUUGUAACAUAUUUUUAAAAUGUAUCUUGAGCACAUAUAAAAUCAAGAUAAUAAUAUAAUAUUGUGCAAAUUAAUAAUAAACUUUCGAGAAUCGCUCAAACAAUUAAUUUUUACAGAUACGAAGAUUGUAUAUAUGAAGAGAGAGAGAAAAAGUAACUUAUAAAUUUUGAAUUGAGAUCAAUUAGAUACAAAGACCUUGCAUCUAAGUACCGAUUAACCAAUAUAAGUGUAUAUGUACUAUUGAUUGUAUAAAUUAUUUUUUAUAUUUUAUUUUUCAGCUCAAUUAUUUUUGAAUUAGCUAUAUAUUGUUGCGAGAAGUAUAAUAUAAUUGCAUCGUCAUUCCUUAAGAUUAUAUGCAGUUAUUUGCUCUAUUAUGAAUGGAGUUAUAUAAAUACAUCAUAAACAAUAUAAAUGAAUUAGAUUUGUGCUUAUCAUUUGUUAUUCUAGAUAAGAUAACUUUUUGAAGAAUCUUUUGUGAAAAGUAAGAUCUUUUUUCUUGGAUAUGAAGUUGAGCUUCAUUUGUUUCUGUUAAAUAGACAAUGAGUCUAAUCAUAUAUAUAUUGAAAAUUUGUAGAGCUUUUGGCAAGGUACACUUUUACAAUACAUGUAAAAGA